ACAGGAAUCUAGAACUUACUCCAUGAGACACAAGUGAAGGAUUUAUACUCUCUUGUGCCUCCUCAAACAACGCCUUUGUUCCUGAGAAAGGAUGUAAAAAUAUUAUGUGAGCAAGACAAUAACAAGAAAAGAGCAUGGGCAACACUUCACCUGAUGUCCUGCCACCCUUAUGACUCAACUCUGUCAGAAGACACCAGUGCUGCCUGCCACCAGACAAAGUGAGGACUGGGACAGCAAGGACUUCUCAAGCUCCUGCUUGGCUCUCUAAUAGGAUAUAAUGACUGGGGCUAAGGCCCUGGUCCAUAAAAGGAACAUGUUCCUUAAGUUCUGCCUGUGGAAGAUGUUCUUCCUCUCUGCAUGGUCACCAAUUGGACAUGCNAAGUACAAUAGCCUUCCAGAAGUAGUGAUACCCCUGAGGGUCACUGUCACAAGCAGAANUAAUAUUUCACCAGGUUGGCUGUCCUAUAGCCUGAAGAUUGGGGGGCAGAGACACAUAAUCACUAUGAAACCCAAGAAAAACUUGAUAUCCAGAGACUUCUUAUUAUUCACCUAUAGUGACCAAGGUGAUCUCCUUGAAGAACAGCCUUUUGUGCAGAAUGACUGCUACUACCAUGGCUACGUGGAUGAAGACCCAGAAUCCCUGGUCAUUGUCAACACCUGUUNUGGGAGUUNGCAAGGCACACUAGAGAUAAAUGGUACAACUUAUGAAAUCAUGCCCAAGAGCUCAACGUCAACAUUUGAACAUCUGGCUUACAAAAUGGACAGUGGGGAGUCAGAAUUGUCUCCCAUGAGAUGUGGGUUAUCAGAACAGGAAAUAGCACGACAAAUGAAGCUUCCAGAAAGCAAUGACUCCACACUUUUGCGAAUCCCCUAUCAGAAUUUCUGGACCCAUCACAGGUUUGUUGAUUAUUAUGCAGUAAUAGAUCAUAUUCAAUAUUCUCAUAGAAAUAACAAUACCACAACUUGUAUUCAAGAUAUGUUGGAAAUAAUCAAUGGACUAAAUGGUUAUUAUCUUCAAAUAGAGACUGAUGUGGUUUUAACCAAACUUGAAAUGUGGAGUGAAAAAAACCUUAUCAAAGUAAAACAACCUUUAUCUGAAGUCCUUAUUGAUUUCUGCACUUGGAAGCUAAACAUGAUUGGCAAUAAUUUUAAACAUGAUAUCAUACACCUUUUAGUCAGACAGAGUUAUGGUAGGUUUUUAGGGUUAGCUUUUGUAGGUUCAGUUUGUUUUUCUAAUAAUUGUGGAGUUAACAGUUUUGUUAAUGAUAGACUGAUGGACAUGUCAUUCACUAUAGCACAUGAGAUGGGUCAUAACUUGGGUAUGCAACAUGAUGGAAGUGGAUGUACUUGUGGAAGAAAAAAGUGCAUAAUGGCCCCAAAUAAAUCACUUUCCCCAAAAUUCAGCAACUGUAGUUAUGAAGAAAUGUUUUCAGUUGUUAACAAAAGAAGUUGUUUAUAUGAUAUUCCAGAGGCGCUAGUAACAAACCUGACCAUAUGUGGGAAUAAGUUGGUUGAAGAAGGAGAGCAGUGUGAUUGUGGGAACUCUGAAUCGUGUUUAAAAGAUCCAUGCUGUAGCAGCAACUGUGUUCUCAAACCUGAUGCUCAAUGUGCUUUGGGACUUUGUUGCAAAAAUUGUCACUUCCUUCAAAGAGGUACUGUGUGUAGACAAGAGAUAAAUGAGUGUGACCUUCCAGAGUGGUGCAAUGGAACUUCAGCUGAGUGCCCAGGAGAUGUGUAUAAAGCAGACGGAAUCCCUUGCAGUGGUGGUGGUUAUUGCUAUAGAAGGGCAUGUCAUCAACGUGAUGAGCAGUGUCGGGAGAUUUUUGGCAGUGGAAGUAGAAGUGCAGAUAAAAUUUGCUACAUGGAAAUGAACAAACGGGGUGACCGCUUCGGGAACUGUGGCAAUGAUAGUUCUACGUAUAGAACAUGCCAACUCGCUGAUGUACUUUGUGGGCGAAUUCAGUGUGAGAAUGUGAUCGAACUUCCCCAAAGGAGAAACCAUGAGACAGUGCAUUAUACUCAGUUCAGUAAUAUCACCUGCUGGACUAUGGACUAUCAUUUUGGGAUCUCCAUAGAUGAUGCUGGAGCAGUGAGNGAUGGCACAGCUUGUGGUCCAGAUCAUUUAUGUGUUGACAGAAAGUGUGUCAGCACGUCUGUUCUGGUAAGUGACUGUUCACCACAGUUAUGCCAUAUGCGAGGAGUCUGCAACAAUAAACACCAUUGCCAUUGUGGCAUCACAUGGAAACCACCAGACUGUGGACAACGUGGCCAUGGAGGUAGUAUAGACAGUGGACCACCUCCAUUGCCUUUAUCUCAUUCCAAAUGGUUUGUGUUCCUCCUAAUUGCUUCAUCUGUGUGUAUGGUUAUCGCAAUUUAUUUAUUCUGUUAUUAUAAGGUAAGGAAAUAAUCCCUAAAAUAAAUUGUGCCAGACUCAGAAUCUGGUGAUAAACAUCUAACCUGAAUAAAAACAGAUUUUCAGGUCUACUG